AUGUAAUCCUACAAAAGCGAUUUAUAUGACACAAUAUAUAUUUUGAGGCAUGGCUAGAGAGCAGAUAAAGUUCAUGAACCAGGAGUCACAUUUGAAAAUAAAGAUGAUCCUCCAAUGACUGAAAUAGGCAGGAAAUAAUGCUAUGCGAGUGCCAAAUAUAUCUAAAACUAAAUUCUGAACCGUAAUCAAAGUCAAUAAGGGAAAUUGGAAGUCAAAGUUUACUCCUCUCCUUUCCUCAGAUGUAUUUAAUCAAGUGAAGAAGUUUGCAGAAUGUUCAAUAUCAAUCAAUUUAAAGUUGAUACCAGAUUAAGUGAGAAUUAAGCAACUUUUUAUUAUGAUAAAGAUCCACUCCCCAAUUUGAUACUUCAUGAUCCAAAAUAGCUAAAGAAAUUUCAGAAUUAAUCUUUAGAGCUCUAAUGGAAUUCAAAUUGGUACGAGGAGGGAAGGAGUCUAAUAAAUUACCCUGAUAGCUCUAGAACCUUAAAAGCUCGAUUUGUUAGCAUUUUAGAAGAGAUAAUAUAAGAUGAAUUUAAUUAAAAUGCUUAGGAAAACUUAGAUAACCCAAAGACAGUGAUUAUGGUUUCCCAUGGAUGUGCUAUUGAAUAGUUAUGUGAGCAUUUUGGAGGAAGAUGGUAAUUUGAGGAGGAAUAUUGUGCUAUUUUAGGAUUUCUAAGAAAAAAGGGAGAGGAAGAUUGGGUUUAGAUAGAAGCAGGAAAAGCAUAUUAUUCUACGUAUUUGGAAAAAUGA